GCUGUCGAAAGUCUAAACCAAUGAUAUUUUUAAUCCUUUUUGACUUUUAGCCACCACACAGAACCUUCAUCAAAGCUCACUGUCACUGCACUUUCCACACAGAGACACAAAACCCCCAAAUUCUCGUAAUUAGGGUUCCUAAUCUCCAUGGAAAUCCACGCGUAAGGAACCAAUAAAAACAUGGAAGACACAACUGCCAAGACAAUCGAGUUUCUUCGGGCACGAUUGCUGGCUGAAAGAACUGUCUCAAGUACAGCAAGGAAACGAGCGUAUGAGCUGGAAAAACGGGUAACUGAGUUGGAAAGGCAACUGCAACUUGUGUCCCUGCAAAGAAAGAAGGCAGAGAAAGCAGCAGCAGGUGUUCUUGCUAUUUUAGAAAAUCAUGGCAAAAACGAUAUUACGGAACCGAUUGAUUCAAGCUCUGAUGAAGAAAUAUCGAGUGAUUUCAUGGACGAUAAACAUGUGGAAAAUACAGAAGGAUAUUCAGGUUCUGAGGUUGAAUCUUCUUCGGUAAAUGGUAAAAGUUUAUCUUGGAAAAACAGUAAAAAUACAUCUUCUCGUUUUCCUGAUAAGAAGAAGUACAUGGAUGCUUCUAGAAGAAGGCGUAAUAGUUUCACAUCAACCGGUUCUUCACCGAGACGUGUUGGUAAAUCUUGUCGCCAGAUAAGACACAAAGAACACCGGUCAGGAGCUGAUGUAUCACAAAACGAUGAUGCUACAAAUGGUCAUCAUGAAAACGAAGGUCAAACAAGUUCAGAAGGUAUUCAAAAUUCUGCUGAUCUGGCAACCGAGACUUCACUAGAAGAAACCAAUAUGUGUAAUGGGCAUGCUGUACAAAAUGACGGAACUGAAACGGAUAUGGAAAGAGCACUCGAACAUCAAGCUCUAUUCAUAGCUCAAUACGAAGAAGAGGAAAAGGCGCAGCGAGAAUGGGAAGAUAAAUACAGAGAGAAUAAUGGGUCAACACAGGAAAAUUCAUGCGACCAUGGGACCCACUCAGACGUAACAGAAGAAACAGCAGAAACCAAAGCUCCAUCUCCACCGCCACGUAGCGCGACUGAACAACUUACAUCCGGAGGUCAAUCAGUUGACCAUUGUGUAGGAGAUCCCAACUUAAGUGAAAACCCCAAAACCGACCCUGAACCCUUACCGGAUCACAACACAAAAAAUGAGCCGUUAGAUAGUCAAAGUCAACCUCCACCUUUGCAAGUCACCCCCACAAAUCUCAGCCAAUCACAGGCAUCAUACGAACAACCCGACGUUGAAACUGAAAAAAAUCCGGAUAAAUUAGGUUCUGUUCUCGAGGCACUUCAACAGGCAAAACUAUCACUAAAACAGAACCUUGAUAAAUUUCCGUUAAUAGAAAUCGGGUCUUCUGUUCCUACUUAUAGAGGCGGGGAAAAGUUUCCGGUUCCGUUUAGCUCGGCUGGGCUUUUCAGAGUUCCAUCUGAUUAUGAAUAUGAAGUUUCACCGAUCCGAGCUAACUCCUUAACGUAUGAUCCUAGAUUAAGUUUGACUAGUUACCCUACCAACGACAUUUCUAGCCCGUAUAGAGAAUCUUUUUCUAGAUCAACUUCUUCUUUGGAAGACCGGUUUCGCAUGGUCCCCACCUUCCCCUACAAAGAAACCAUGACUGAAAUUUCUAGACUACCCUCGUCUAUGUUUAAUCCGAGAUCAGAUAUCCAUCCGUCUGCUCGUGACCCAAGAUUGGAUACGGGUAUGGGCUCACCCGCCCUUGACCCACGAUUGGGUAUGGGCCCGAGUGCCCUUGAUCCGCGAUUGGGUAUGGGCCCGGGUGCCCUUGACCCACGAUUGGGUAUGGGCCCGGGUGCCCUUGACCCACGAUUGGGUAUGGGCCCGGGUGCCCUUGACUCACGAUUGGGUAUGGGCCCAAGUGCCCUUGACCCACGAUUGAGUGUGGGCCCGUCUACAUUUGAACCAAGAUUGGGUGUGGGUCAUACUACCAUCGAUCCACGAAUGGGUGUGGGCCAGUCUGCUUUUGACCCGAGAUUGGACACAGGUCCACCAUUUACGGGUGAUGGACGGCUCAACUCGAGUGCAAGACUCCCGUUGUCUAGUAGAUAUGGAACUCUUCCGGGUGGUGACAUACCACUUCAAACCCGCUCGUACGAUGAUUAUACGAGACCGACCAAAUACGUAUAAGUAAAAAUGCAUAAAUUAGAGGUUGUAUAGUUCUUUUUUAUACAUUUGGUAAGCUAAAAGGUGGUGUUGGCGGUGGCGGGUUUUUUUGUAAGGGUGUUAGCAAACCAAUUUACUGUAUACUUAUAUGAUCGUAAAGAGACGCAAGGUUGGUGAUGUGUCGGUGUCCUGUGGUAGGUUUCUUGGGUUUUGUGUUUGUUGAUUUGACGGUUCAGUUAUCAUAUGAUAGUUUGACUUCAACAAAUUGAAAUUAGUGUGUGAAUUAUGCGGAUAA